AUUUGCCUAAAGAAAAUGAAGGAAAUGGAUACCUGGUCGAGCUUAGGGAAGCUGUUAACUCUGGUGGUGGUGUUAUUGUCCUACCACCUUGCGGCUCGCAAUUCCGGUCUUGUCUUUGAUGUCCUCAUCUUCCUCCUCUGCUCCCUCGGCCUCGUCUUUCGCCAAAUGAAUGUCUCAGUCCCCGAUAAAGCCUCGUCAUCCUCCUCCUCCUCCUUGCCCGCAUCCUCAUCCUCAUCCUCAUCGUCCUCCUCCACCUCCUCGCCCUCAUCCUCAUCGUCGUCCUCCGCCUCCUUGUCCUCGUCCUCCUCCUCAAAAGGUUCGCUCUACGAUGUGUUCAUAAGCUUCAGAGGCGAAGGCACACGUAAAAAAUUCACGGGCCACCUCUAUGAAGCAUUAACAAGGGCUGGAAUCAAUGCUUUUAUUGACGACGAAGAACUAAAAAAGGGAGAAGAAUUAACAACCGCAUUUGAAAGGGCAAUCCAAGGUUCUAAGAUCUCUAUCAUCGUCUUCUCUAGACAGUAUGCGAACUCCAGCUGGUGCCUCGAGGAGCUGGUUAAGAUCAUGGAGUGUAGAAGAACGCUGGGGCAGUUAGUUUUGCCGAUAUUCUAUGACAUUGAUCCUUCUCAUGUCAGGAAACAGACUGGCAGUUUUGGACAAUCGUUUCAGGACCAUAUAGAUGAAAAGAAGGUAGAGAGUUGUAAGGUAGAGAGGUGGAGAACUGCUCUUACUAAAGCUUCGAAUUUGUCUGGCUGGGAUCUCCAAAACACUUUGGACGGGCAUGAAGCAAAGUUCAUCAAGAUGAUUACUAAGGAAGUCACUAGGAAGCUGAACAACACAUAUUUAGACGUAGCGCCCUACCCAGUCGGAAUAGAUUCUCGAGUGCAAGAUAUCAGUAAAUAUUUAUGCAUCAGAGAUUCAGAUGAUGUUCGGGUGAUUGGAAUUUUGGGCAUGGGUGGAAUAGGUAAAACAACGCUUGCUAAAGCCGUUUAUAAUCGAUUUUCUGACAGGUUUCAAGGUAAAAGUUUCCUUGAAAAAGUGAGGGAAAAGAAACUAGAAAAUUUGCAAAAACAACUUCUUUUUGAUAUCUUGCAAACCAAGACAAAGGUAAGCAGUGUUGCUGCAGGGACCGUCUUGGUAAGGGAAAGAUUUCGACGCUUAAAGGUACUUGUCAUAUUUGAUGAUGUGGACGAUGUGAAGCAGCUACGUGAAUUAGUUGGAAAUUGCCACUCUUUUGGCCCAGGGAGCAGAAUUAUCAUCACAACUAGAAACGAACGUGUGCUAAAAGAAUUUGCAGUUGAUAAGAUAUAUCAGGCGAAAGGAAUGGACCAAGAAGAAGCUCUUGAGCUCCUAAGUUCACAUGCUUUCAGAAGUAGUUGUUGUCCUAGACAAUAUCUUGUGCUCGCAAAAGAAGUAGUCAAUUACUGUGAAGGAUUGCCGCUGGCUCUUGAAGUUUUAGGAUCUACUCUUUUCAAACGAAGUGUAGAUGAAUGGAGAAGUAUAUUGGAUGAAUUGAAAAUGAUUCCUCGUGGAGAAAUUCAGGCACAACUGAAAAUAAGCUACGACGGGCUAAAUGAUAAUUACAAGAGGCAGAUAUUCCUCGAUAUAGCUUGUUUUUUUAUCGGAAUGGACAAGAACGAUGUCAUGCAAAUCUUGGAUGGUUGUGGCUUUUAUGCAACAACAGGAAUCGAGGUCCUCCUUGACCGGUGCCUUGUAACUAUUAAUGGAGAAAACAAGAUUAUGAUGCAUGAUUUGCUUCGGGAUAUGGGCAGAGAUAUCGUGCAUGCAGAAAAACCCAAUUUUCCUGGAAAACGGAGUAGAUUGUGGCAUCCUGAAGAUGUAAAUGAUGUAUUGAUAGACAAAUCUGGAACUGAAAAAAUUGAAGGUCUGGCUUUGAAUUUGCCGAGUCUUGAAGAGACCAGUUUCAGUACUGAGGCGCUUAGAAAUAUGAGGAGACUGAGAUUGCUUCAACUAAAUUACGUUCGGCUCGCUGGGGAAUACCAACGUCUUUUCAAAAAAUUAAGAUGGCUGUGUUGGCAUGGAUUCCCAUUGGAGUUCAUACCAAUAAAACUGUGUCAACCAAACAUAGUCGCUAUCGACAUGCGGUACAGCAGCCUCAAACAAGUUCUUUGUAAGCAUUCUGGGUUGCUGGAUAAGUUGAAGAUUCUAAAUCUCAGCCACUCCCACGAUCUAACACAAUCGCCAGACUUUUCGAAACUCCCAAAUCUUGAGAAAUUGAUACUCAAAGACUGUAAGAGGUUGGCUAAAGUUCACAAGUCCAUCGGAGAUCUCAAGAGUCUUGUGUUGGUGAAUUUGAAAGACUGUGAAACGCUUAAGGCUCUUCCGAGGAGUUUCUGCAAGUUGAAAUCUGUCAAAACUCUUGUUCUCGAUGGUUGUUCAAGAUUCCAAAGCUUGCCUGAUAACUUGGGAGAAUUGGCAUCAUUGGUCACUCUUUGUGCAGAUGGGACGGCCAUAAAAAAUGUACCACCUUCCAUCGGACGGCUGGAGAAGCUUGAGUACUUAUCUUUGAGGAACUUGAAGUGUUCUUUGCAGCUACCUUCCUUACGAGGCUUACGCUCUUUAACAGAGUUACAUUUGGAAGACAGCAAUUUAAUGGAAGUGCCUAAUGAUAUUGGGAGUAGUCUACCUUGUUUAAAGUACUUAUAUCAAGAUAACAAUAAUUUUCGGAGCCUUCCAAGCCUCAGUAGCCUCUCCCAUCUUGUUUUCCUAAACUUGAAGUGUUGCAGAAACCUUGUCGAGAUCACAGAUUUACCACAAAGUUUGGUCACUCUUUCUGCAGAUGGGACGGCCAUAGAAAAAGUACCACCUUCCAUCGGACGACUGGAGAACCUUGAGUACUUAUCUUUGAGGAACUUGAAGUGUUCUUUGCAGCUACCUUCCUUACGAGGCUUACGCUCUUUAACAAGCUUAAAUUUGGCGAACAGCAAAUUAGAGGAAGUGCCUAAUGAUAUUGGGAGUAGUCUACCUUGUUUACGGAGCUUAUAUCUAAAUAACAAUAAUUUUCGGAGCCUUCCAAGCCUCAGUGGCCUCUCCCAUCUUGAUGAUCUAAUCUUGAGUGGUUGCAGAAACCUUGUCGAGAUCACAGAUUUACCACAACGUUUGAGAAUCCUAUACAUGCACAACUGCUCUGCAUUUGAAAGAAUGCCAGAUGUUUCAGGCAUGUUGAUGGCAUGCGAACUCGGUUCCCCGAAACUCAUUGAAUUUCCAGGCUUGGAUAGCGCGUUAAACUCGGGCCUCGACCUUAAUAUGACAACACACAACAAUGUCAUAGAUUUCAUUCUUAAGGAUAGCACGCUACAGGGAUGGACGGGAUCUGGAUGGAUGAAUCUUGUAGGAAGACAAAUUCCCACUUGGUUCAAUCAUGUCAACGAGGGUACCCAAGUCCGUUUUGAAGUGCCUAAGGAAAUUGGUUGUAAUGCAAAAGCGUUGGCUGUGUGCAUGGCUUAUUGUCCUUAUGAUCACAACAGGAGUCCUUAUGAUCCCAACGGGGGUUCUUGUCUUAUUAUUGGGUCUCGUAUUUAUGUUAUUAAUCACACCAAGCGUACUAAUUUUGUUAACAAUGUGCUUGAUGUUAUUUCCGAUGGAGAGUACAUUUGGCUGGCAAAUUUUUUGUUGCCGGAAACUGGGUUCAAUUUGGAAGAAGGCGAUUCGGUCCAUGUUAUUGCAACUCGUGGUAAUGUUGAGGUGAAGAAAAUAGGGGUACGUUUACUAUGCGACAAAACUAUGAUUGCCGAAGGGGAACGGUGGAGAAUUUCAAAUUCCCUUUCUAUCCCUUACAAAGAGGCCUUGAAAUAUAUUUCUCGCGAAGUUGAUGAUUUUGAUGAGGAUUAUGAUGAGGAUGAUGAGAAUGAUGAGAAUGAUGAGGAGGAGGACCAAGACGAUGAAGCUAAUGAUGAGGAUGAUGAGAAUGAUGAUGAUAAUAAUGAUGAGGAGGACCAAGACGAUGAUGCUAAUGAUGAGGAUGGCGACAACUAUGUAAGCUAGGAAACUUUCUGGUUUAAUCAGCUAGUUUGUAGAUAGCAGUUUAUAUUUUUGCAUGCCUUGAUCUGUUUUUAAUACGUUCUCUCUUUUUGAACUUUCUUGUUUCUGUGGGGGUUUAGUUUAACUUAUUAAUGCAUUUAAGGUUUUCCAUAUGUUCAGAGACGAUGGCAGCAUUUUAUGGUGACAGUUAGGGUUGGGUAUUAGCAUAAAUAGUACAUUGUAAGGUAAGAAAGGCAGUUAAUGAAAUACAGCAUUCAUCUCA